AUGAGUUUCGCUACAGAGCAACCGGCCCAGGCCCGGGAGCGGCUAGACUUGGCUGGAUACUGUGAGGGCCUAGGCGCCUGCUCGGUCCCACAUGGCCAGGCACGGUCCGUCGCGCACCAACCGGGCUAUGUGCGCGGCGAUUUGGGAGCUGCAGGCGGGGGGCCGCGCCUAUGGAUGAACGCGCCCUCGCUCAGCCCUGCGCCCUACGCGUCGGGCCCGGGGACCACACCGUCCUAUGCAGCGCCUGGCUAUGCGGCCCCGGGCCCGCUCCUCGGAGGCGCGGGCGGGCUGGCGGGCCCCGACCUUACCUGGCUGACCCUCUCCGGCCAGCAGGAGUUGCUGAGGCUGGUGCGACCGCCCUACUCCUACUCUGCGCUCAUUGCCAUGGCCAUCCAGAGUGCGCCCCUGCGAAAGCUGACGCUCAGCCAAAUCUAUCAGUACGUGGCCGGAAACUUCCCUUUCUACAAGCGCAGCAAAGCGGGCUGGCAGAACUCCAUCCGCCACAACCUGUCUCUCAACGACUGCUUCAAGAAGGUGCCCCGAGACGAGAACGACCCAGGUAAAGGCAAUUACUGGACCCUGGACCCCAACUGCGAGAAGAUGUUUGACAAUGGGAACUUCAGAAGGAAGAGGAAGCGAAGAGGGGAGGCAAGCGUGGCCUUGCCUCCAGGAGCCCAAAGCCCAGGCGGAGGGAAGACGCUGGCGUCCUCGGAGCCCCCAGGAGCAGCCUCCCCAGACCUGCAGGCCUCGCCGACCCCGCCCGAGCCCGAGCCUGCCGCCUGCUUCUCCAGCUUUUCUUCAGCCAUGGGCGCCCUGGCCGGCGGCUUUGACACCUUCCCCAGGACCCUGGCGCGAGACUUUUCUUUUGGGAGGCCAACGACGGUAGCCACCCGCAGCCCUCAGACCCCUGGCUCUGCACCCAGCUUUGGCCCUGGCCAUCAGACGGCAGCCACCAGCUUUCGCGUUAGUCACUUUGUCUACAGCCUGGAAGGAACUGAAGUUUGAAAGAGGCCGGCCAGGGUGCUGGAUCCAGAGGCGCUGAGCUCAGA